UGAAUUUAUGAGUUACUGCAGCGUUACUGCCGCCUCUCACAGGGAACCUAGGAAACCACCACCACCCAACCUGCUGCAGUCAGCCUGGAGAGCAGUGAGAACACUGGGACUGGUGGGAGAGAAGAAAGGAGAGGAGAGUGACGAGGGCUACUGCAGGCCUUUCAAGGACACAACAACAGGCUGCAAUUUUUCUUUCCUUGACACACUGCUUUACACACUCAACGGCUAGCCAAUGAGUAGAUGAAGCCAACCCAACCCCACCCCUAGAAAGCAGUGUGCAUCCCAAAUGGCAGCUGAUUCCCUAUGUACCUUAUGGGCCCUGGUCGAAAUUAGUGCACUAUAUAGGGAAUAGGGUGCCGUUUUGAGAAGCAGCCAGUGCCUUUGCUGUCACCUUGUUGCCCUCUAACACCUCCCCCACCCCUGCAUGCCAUCCCUGAAUUGGUCACGUGACGUGCCCCAGCUCCCCUCCUUUCUGUCCCCCAUUAUCAGAGUUCCAGGGCUGCAGUGAAGAAUGCCUUAUAUGCACUUGUGCCUGUAAGGCUGUGAGGACUAGGGCCUGUCUGCUGUCUGUCCUGUCCCACUGUGGCUGCUUGAAGUCAUGUCCUGUGUGUCUGACAGAGCGAGAGAGACUUGCUUUGGCAACGUUAACAUAUUUUUCCCAUGCCAAUAAAGCCCUUGAUUUUAGUGUGUGUGUGUGUGUUAGGGGUGUAUUGGGGGCUAGGUCAGCUGAGAGGGCCUGUUUUAGGGCCCAGCUGUGUCUUGACUUGAAGGCCCUGCACCCAUUGUCAGAGCAGAGGGAGGAUGGGCUGGGGGAACAGCAGUCCUUGUGUUGAGGUUUAGUGUGACACGCUGUUCCAUGACCAAGACACUUAAUGUGUCCCAAAUAGCACCCUAUUCCCUAUUUAGUGCACUACUUUUGACCAGGACCCAUGGUGCACUACUUCUGACCAGAGCCCUAUGUAGGGAAUAUGGUUCCAUUUGGGACUAAAACUGUCUGCAGUGUGAACAAGAGGGUCACCUGGUUCUGAGUUAUCCAUUCCAAGGCAUGGAGCUCUGCUCCUUUCUGUCUUAUCAUUAGGAUGAAUGAUCUCUCAUAGAUAAGCUUAGGAAACCGGCUGCAUUUAAAGGAAGGAAGAAUCCACCCAAAACCACCCAUUACUAUAAUUUAGUAUUACAUAACACUAUGUGAGAAUGUUUUUUCUUAAUAUUUUCAUUGUAAUAAUGUUGAUAGCAACAUGAAAAGCAACACCCACAAUGCGCUCUUUACCAAAGUUAAUAUAAGCAUGUGAAGUACAGUUGAAGUCGCAAGUUUACAUACACCUUAGCCAAAUGCAUUUAAACUCAGUUUUUCAUCAUUCCUGAUAUUUUAAUCCAAGUAAAAAUUCCCUGUUUUAGCUCAGUUAAGAUCACCACUUUAUUUUGAGAAGGUGAAAUGUCAGAAUAAUAGUAGAGAAUUAUUUAUUCCAGCUUUUAUUUCUUUCGUCACAUUCCCAAUGGGUCAGAAGUAUUUGGUAGCAUUGCCUUUCAAUUGUUUAACUUCUUGCGGAUCAGUGGGACGCCAGCGUCCUAUCGACAACUUCUGAUGAAAUUGCAAUUACAGAAAUAGACAUAUUUAACAUUCAUGAAAAUACAAGUGUCAUACAUCAGUUAAAAGCUUAACUUCUUGUUAAUCCAGCCCUUGUGUCAGAUUUAAAAAAGGCUUUACGGCGAAAGCACACCGUGCGAUUAUGUGAGGACAGUGCCCAGCACACACAAGCAUUAAAAACAUUUUCCAACCAGGCAGAUGCGCCACGAAAGUCAGAAAUAGCGAUAAAAUAAAUCUCUUACCCUUUUGAAGAUUCUGUUGGCAUUCCAAAAGGUCCCAGCUACAUCACAAAUUGUUGUUUUGUUCGAUACUGUCCUUUUAUAUCCCCAAAAACUCAGUUUAGCUGGCGCGCUUCAUUCAAUAAUCCACCGGUUUCCCUCCUUCAAAAUGCAUACAAAAUUAAUCCCAGACGUUACCAAUAAACUUCUCCAAACAAGUCAAACAACGUUUAUAAUCAAACCUCAGGUACCCUAAUACAUAAAUAAAUGAAAAAAUGUAAGACUGAGAAUCGUUAUUGUCAUUACCGGAGAUAAACCGAAAAGUAUGCGCAUUCACCAGAACUCGUAAUAAACACUAUAGCCAAAAUGGGAGCCACUUAGAAAAACUACAAAUUCUUGCAAAUUUUUCCAAAAACAAGCCUGAAACUCUUUCUAAAGACUGACAUCUAGUGGAAGCCCAUAGGAACUGAAAUCUGGGAGGUUUUCCCUUCAUAUUAAAAAUGACAGCCAUAGGAAUCAAUGGUUGGUGGAAUUAUAAUUUUUUUCUGGAUGGUUUGUCCUUGGGUUUUUGCCUUCCAUAUCAGAUAUGUUACAUUAUUUUAACAGUUUUAGAAACUUGAGAGUUUUCUAUCCAAAUCUACCAAUUCAUAUGCAUAGCUUCUGGGCCUGAGUAACAGGCAGUGUACUUUGAGCAUGCUUGUCAUCCAGAUGUCAAAAUACUGCCCCCUAGCCCAAAAAGGUUAACUUUGGUAAAACAUUUCGGGUAGCCUUCCACAAGCUUCCCAAAAUAAGUCGGGUAAAUUUUGGCCCAUUCCUCCUGACAGAGCUGGUGUAACUGAGUCAGGUUUGUAGGCCUCCUUGCUCACACACACACUUUUUCAGUUCUGCCCACAAAUGUUCUAUGGUCAGGGCUUUGAUGGCCACUCCAAUACCUUGACUUUGUUGUCCUUAAGCCAUUUUGCCACAACUUUGAAAGUAUGCUUGGGGUCAUUGUCCAUUUGGAAGACUCAUUUGCUACCAAGCUUUAACGUCCUGACUGAUGUCUUGAGAUGUUGCUUCAGUAUUUCCACAUUUUCCUUCCCUCAUGAUGCCGUCUAUUUUGUGAAGUGCACCAGUCCCUCCUGCAGCAAAGUACUCCCACAACAUGAUGCUGCCACCGCCGUACUUCACGGUUGGGAUGGUGUUCUCUUGCUUGCAAUCCUACCCCUUUCUCCUCCAGACAUAACAAUUGUCGUUUUUUCAUCAAACGAGAGGACAUUUCUCCAAAAAGUACGAUCUUUGUCCCCAUGUGCAGUAGUCUGUCUUUUUUAUAGCGGUUUUGGAGCAGUGGCUUCUUCCUUGCUGAGCGGCCUUUCAGGUUAUGUUGAUAUAGGACUUGUUUUACUGUGGAUAUAGAUACUUUUGUACCCGUUUCCUCCAGCAUCUUCACAAGGUCCUUUGCUGUUCUGGGAAUGAUUUGCACUUUUCGCACCAAAGUACGUUCAUCUCUAGGAGACAGAACGCUUCUCCUUCCUGAGCGGUAUGACGGCUGCGUGGUCCCAUGGUGUUUAUACUUGCGUACUAUUUUUUUGUACAGAUGAACGUUUUUUUAUUUAUUUUUUAUUUCACCUUUUUAACUAGGCAAGUCAGUUAAGAACAAAAUCUUAUUUUCAAUGACGGCCUAGGAACAGUGGGUUAACUGCCUGUUCAUGGGCAGAAUGACAGAUUAGUACCUUGUCAGCUCGGGGGUUUGAACUUGCAACCUUCCGGUUACUAGUCCAACGCUCUAACCACUAGGCUACCCUGCUGCCCCAGUGGUACCUUCAGGCAUUUGCAAAUUGCUCCCAAGGAUGAGCCAGAUUUGUGGAGGUCUACAAUUUUUAUUUUGAGGUCUUGGCUGAUUUAUUUUGAUUUUCUUUUUCCCAUGAUGUCAAGCAAAGAGGCACUGAGUUUGAAGGUAGGCCUUGAAAUACAUCCACAGGUACACCUCCAAUUGACUCAAAUGAUGUCAAUUAGCCUAUCAGAAUCUUCUAAAGCCAUUACAUAAUUUUCUGGAAUUCUCCAAGCUGUUUAAAGGCACAGUCAACUUAGUGUAUGUAAAAAUCUGACCCACUGGAAUUGUGAUACAGUGAAAUAAUCUGUCUGUAAACAAUUGUUGGAAAAAUUACUUGUCAUUCACAAAGUAGGUGUCCUAACCGACUUGCCAAAACUAUAGUUUGUUAACAAGAAAUGUGUGGAGUGGUUGAAAAACAAGUUUUUGUCUCCAACGUAAGUGUAUGUAAACUUCUGACUUCAACUGUAGCUGGUUAGCUGUAAAAUUGCCUUAACAAACUGCACUAUCAAUUUAGGAUUCUACAAUCUCACCAUGUUCAACCUGCAGAUCGUGUUAACACACAAUGGAGUCUGACAUUUGUAAUUGCACCAUGCAAUGCACCCCGGACUGAACAGGCAGACAAAUAGGAGAAAUGUGUUAGACCCUCAGUUUUUAUUACAAACUUCUCUUAGGAAUAUUGCAACAAUAUCAUCAAUGGCUCAAUCUAGAGAACAUUUCCCAUGUAAUAAAAUCGGCCAGUAUAGAAAUCUGACAUGUAUGAUAGACGUUUUCACCAUCUAAGAGUUGUAUUCCUAUUAACUUCCAUUGCAGUGAGAGAAUUGCAGUGAAAGCAUCUUACGCCAAUCUAAAGUAGGCUGGCUAGCUACAGUAGUCUUGAAGACAAGCCCAACACUUUUCCACUGUUAGUGUUUUCAUGAGGGAAGUUUUGCCGGGGGGGUUGUUAGGCACGGGCACGGCAAACGUUCUCCUCCUGGCCUCGUCUCCUCUCCUUCUGCAUCUCCGUGCCAAGAGUAAAAUGUUCAGAAUGUGUCGGAUACAAAUAUAAUCACUAGAGCUGACUUAAAUAGCUAUUCUGCCUUCUGUGAAUAUUCUCUGACAUUGCAUCCUCCUGAACAGGCCCCUGGUCAGACGGUCACAUCACAUGCAACACAGUAACUCAUUCAUUUCCUUCUGUUCCAGGGUUGCAGCCAUGCAUCUCAAGCAACACCCCAAACUACAGAAGAAAGAGAACUACCUGGAGUCCAGUCAAGACAGCCAGAGAGGCCUUCAUGUGAGCCAGCAGGGGGUCCUGUCACAGAGGACAGUGUGGGGGGUGCGCCCAGCAGUGGCCCUGAUUGGUCCGAUAAGCAACGGGUUAGGCCAGGGUACGGCCUGCUACCCCCUCAAUGUCAUAUCCACCAACACCAUGCAGUGCUACAGUAAUGACAACAGUGGCUCCAACCACCUCAACAGUAAUAAUAACCACGGCAACAGUGGACUGCAGACCUCGAGGCUGAGUGAGUCCGAGGGGGAUGUAAUCCACAGUAGUGCCACCUGGGCCCAGAGUAAAACCUACAAGACCACCUCCUGCAACACCCCCCCCUCCCUGCUACUCUCCACCUGCACCACCUCUUCUACAGGCUCUGAGAACCAGGAGGCCUCCUUAAGAAUCUCUUAUGAAGGGGAGGACAGAGAGGGACCGCUGGAAAUCUGGGCUGUCAUCAAGCCUGGCAACACCAAGGAGAAGAUCGCCAUCUUCGCCUCGCCCCAGUGCCGUGGAAGCCUGGUGAACGGUGGCGAUGGAGAGGCCGGUGAGGACUUGGUGAGCAGCAGCCCUGUGAGGACAGUGUCUGUGAAGAUGAAGAGCUGCUGGGAGGACGAGGGUGGCUCUGUGGCCAAGCGCAGGAGGAGGUCAGGGUCUCAGGGGCACCACCAGGACCGAGAUAGACAGUCAUCCGGAGCCCUGGAGACACUGAGCCCCACUGAGAACAGCCCUGUAGAGGUGACCCUCUGCCUCAGAGAGAGCCCCAGAGUGCCUGAGUGUGGGGAGGUGGUUGUACGGGUGGAUGGGGAGCAGGUGUGUAAGGUAGAGGGUGAGGAGGUGAGUGAGACUGGGACUGACAAGGCUCUCUCUGUGGUGGAGUUGGUGGCCUUCUUGGAGCAGAGAGCCAGCGACAAGCAGGUGGACUCUAAGCCUGUGUCUCUGCGGAGCUCCACAAGCAUUACCUUAACCAGGGGGCUGUCACUGACCCUGGAGCCUCAGCAGCCCAGAGUCCCAGACCAGAACCCCCAGGGGACCGAUGAGGCAGAAUGUGUAAAGGUGUCAGAUAUGGUGGCCAAGCUGGAGUCAGAGUGCCUGAAGCACCAGAGUGUUAGAAGGGAAGGGUCCAGAUCUGGGGGAGAGCUCUCGCGCAACAGCCUCACGCGCAACAACCUCUCACGCAACAACAGCCUGCGGAGGAGGGUGGGCCGGGUGCUGCUGGCAGGAGCAGAUGCCUUCUCCAUCUCAGCCCAGCCACCACCACCUCAGUCUCCCACUGGACCCCACCAUGGACUAGAGGAGACGACCAGGGUACCGCACCGCCACGUUAGUCCCUCUGCUGGCUGUCCCUCUGCUGGCUGUCCCUCUGCUGGCUGUCCCUCUGCUGGCUGUCCCUCUGCUGGCUGUCCCUCUGCUGGCUGUCCCUCUGCUGGCUGUCCCUCUGCAGGCUGUCCCUCUGCAGGCUGUCCCUCUGCAAAUACCAGCCACAUGGACAAACUAGCUCCCAGCAGCUGCCGUGAAGCUACCCAGUUGGCUUCCAGCACCUCUGACUCAGCCUCUCCGUCUCGCAGCAUGGACUCUGGGUGUGGCGCCUCUGUCGUCAGAGAGCCAGAGGAGAGCUGUGAGGCCCAGGGCCUGGGGCAGCAGAAGAAUAACAGGGCUGUAGAGUCUGGGAAGAACCUGCACUUCCAGCUCCUGUCAGAGCAGGCCAGGUCCAGCAGUACAGAGAGCAGUAGUAAACUACAGUGUGAGGAGCCCCUCCCAGGCAUGCUGUUCUUCUCACACACUCUGCCCUCACAGGUGGUACUUGAACACACACUCCCACACACAGUCAAUACUCCCACCCACACAUCCCUCCCCCAGGGAAUGGAAUCCAGCCCUAAACCCACCAGAGACUCAGCAGAACCCUCCAAGAUUCAGCCCUGUGACCCUUCUAUCACUUCUCUACUCCCUGAACCCAUAUCGCACAGUGAGAACUGGGCCAAAGAGGAGGAUGAGGCGGUGAGUGAGGGAGACGAGAGUGAUGUUAGCCGGUGUGAGACAGUGCCUUUCCCCCUGCGCCGCAUGGUGUCUCACGAGUUCCUGGAGAUGCGCUUUAAAAUCCAGCUGCUUCUGGAACCCCAGCAGUACAUGUCCUUCCUGCCUCACCACAUCAUCAUCAAGAUCUUCUGCCUGCUGCCCACAGAGAGCCUGGCCGCGCUCAAGUGCACCUGCCACUAUUUCAAGUUCAUCAUCGAGAGCUACGGCGUGCGCCCCGCGGACUCCCGCUGGGUGUGUGACCCCCGCUACAAAGACGAUCCCUGCAAGCAGUGUAAAAAGCGGUACGGGCGCGGAGACGUGUCCCUCUGCCGCUGGCACCACAAGCCCUACUGCCAGGCGCUGCCCUACGGCCCCGGGUACUGGAUGUGUUGCCAUGGCUCCCACAAAGACACGCCCGGCUGCAACGUCGGUCUCCAUGACAAUCGCUGGGUGCCCGCCUUCCAUAGUAUCAGCAUGCCAAUCUAUAAGAAACCCAGGGAGGUCUCUGAGGAGUAGUGGUACAGACAAUGGGAGGAGAACUGACUUGACUUCUGUGCGCUUUAUUUUGUCGGAGGGCUGAUGUCUGUCUGUUGCCAUAUGUGCAUUUAUUUGUGGGGAAUUUGAGGGAAAUCAUGUUGCUGAUACUGAUGAGGAAUCGCUGGAUCUCUUCCUUUACCACUUCCCCCUCCUGACCCCUAACCUCUGACCCCUCAGGUCCUCUGAGAUUGUGAGCACUUUAACCGUGGUCAGAAUUCUCAAUCCUCAAAGGAUUCUGUCAGGGUAUUCUAUUUACUUGCUUCAAUGUUUUGGGUUGAAGCAUAAACUCUGGUUCUUAUUAGUGUGUGUUGAAGAGAAGAGCUUUAAUGAGUCUUUGUCUUCAGUGUUGAUGCUUAAUGUGUCCCUCCUUACCAUAGCUCUUUCCUUAUGCAUCAACCGACCGUUACAUUGGAAUAGAUACUUUAGUCAAGGUAAAGCCUAUCAAUGUUAUGCAGUGUAUCCCACCCACAAGUGAUUUACUCAGUGUGUGUUAUGUUGUCUAAGUGAAUACAUACAUGGCUGCAGGUCCUCGGUUUAUGCAAAAUGUGAAUCAACCCUAUUCCAUAUCCCGGUUGCUUCCCAAAUGGCACUCUAUUCCCUAUAUAAGGCACCCACAGGGCUCUGGUCAAAGGUAGUGCACUAUAUAGGGAAUAGGGUGCCAUUUGGGUAAACAAAUCUAUAUCCCCACUCCACUAUAUCAGGCUCCGGGUCAGAGAGGCUUUGUUGUUGGUUUUGGAUCUGAUUGAAACUAGUUUGUUCUGUGCCCGGUUGUGUUUACAUUGUACAUAGUGCUACAGAGUCCUAUAUCAAAAACAGGGAGAAUAAGAGUGACGAGCAGCACGAGUAUCUAUGACUUGACUUGAAUGCAUUUAUUGGCUUCAGUUUGGUAAAAAGAGAAAGGUAUUUACCCUGUCAUGUGUAUAUUGCUGAAUUAUUAUUGGGUGUUUUUUUUGCAGUGGGUCCCAGAUGUAUAACCCAGUCUGUAACCCAUAAGCUUAUUACAGCUCGCAGUUUUUUUUUUCUAACAUUUUUUUUUAUGUGUGUUGGAAAUGGCUCACACUUCCCUAUAAAUGCACUACUUUUGACCUGGGCCCAUAAGGCUCUGGUCAAAAGUAGUGCGUUAUUAUAUAGGGAAAAAGAGUGCCAUUUGGGACGAGUUUGUUAUUAAUAUCCCUCUUUUUAUAAUGCUAUAACUUCUUGAAAGGAAACAUGGGAAAUGUCACCUCAGUGUUUCUGUUCUUUACAAUGACUUUAACUGGACAUCAUCUAAAAGAAAAAGAAUCAGGAUUGAUGACAAAUGGGAAAAAUAAUGGUCUUUAAAAGUAGUUUGCUCCCAGAUAUAUAUAUUUUUUUUUACUUUGUUGGUAUAUUCCUGCUGUAUUCUCUGUAAAUGCAUUUUACUUCCAAUAAAGCGCAUUAAUUCGGAGGUUUUAACUGUCA